AUGUUUGAUAUGGCUUCUCGAAGCUUGGUUACAACCAGGCGCAAUGGAAAACCUCGUUCCUGUGAGCCGUGUCGAAUAGCUAAGGUCCGCUGUGACCACAAAAGUCCUGUCUGCGACAGAUGUGUCGCUCGGCAUAAGGAAAAAAGCUGCAUCUACCAUCCUGCUCCAAUGACAAGACCGCGCGACGGCCCAAGCCCUGCGUCACGGUCCACAAGGCAGUCCCUAUCCCUGGGUUCCUCAACAAGCGCGCGGCCAUUGCCCACUCACAAUAAUGUGCAACAUUCGCCAAGAGCAAGUAUAUCUUCAUCGUCGGAAACUAGAACUGUUCCUGCCGCUGAGGUUCAAUUCUUUGGCUCUACAGCUUUUCCAGCUAUCAUCAAUGACGACCAGGACAUUGUUAAUAGAUAUGCGGGGCAAUUUCGCGAUCAAUCAAUAUUACAAUUUUGUAAUGCAAACUACAGCCAAAAGCAAAUCUCGGAGAAACAAAUCCUAGAGGGCGUGGCUGUGUUGAAUUUACUGAUCAAGUUUCCAGCUUUUGCAGACUGUAUUCACAGGUACCUUGAGCUAUCCUACACAUGCAUGGUGCCGGGUCCAUUCAUUAAAGCUUGCGUCCUAUCGAUACAAGAAACUAUCUUCGGCCUAAGAGGAAAGCGUCUGAGACAACUUGCUGUGGAUGUGUUUGUAAACACUUCCAAGCCUUUAAAUCUUUUUACGCCUGUUCCAGCGAAGGACUACCACACUUUGUUCACUGGACCUAAUCUCAGGUGGGAGAUAAUCGGUUUUGUUCUUGCUAUGCUUGGAGUAUCCCUCAAAUAUGAUGUCAAUAAGCAAAACGAACCAUCAAAACCACUCCCUACCCAGAAGCUCGACUUCAUCCAUCAUAUCGCGGAAGCAGUCGAAUAUUGUACCUCUAUCUGUUAUAGUUAUAGCUGUGUUAGCCAUCAGGCUUUAUGGCUGCUCUAUGGAGACGCCUGUCUGAAGAAUCUGGUUCACGGCGACCUGAGUUUUCAAUUCUGGCGUUGUAUGGGUGACCUUUCGAGUAUGUUCUUCGCCCUUGGACUUCACCAGGCGAAUGUUAAAUCUGAGGAAACCCAUCCAUUCUACCAACUUGAGAUGAGAAGGAGAUAUGCCGCCCAAAUAUAUUCAAUGGAUAAAACUAUUAGCACUAUUCUCGGCCGACCGCCGAGAAUCUCGGGCUCACACUGUGCCAAUAUUAUGCCCGCUGAUAUCGACGAUGGAGUUUUACUGUUAGAGGGUGACGAACUGUAUACUUCAUUGCGUAAUGUCGACAGGAAUGGUUGGAAUAUGGAUCGACAAUUUCGCGGUGCAACCUGGAGACGGAUGAAGCUGAUAGUUAGUCAAUUUCGGGAGGAGGUACUUGGGGUGUGUCUUAACACACACUUCACUAAUGAUAGCGAAAAUUUGGUGCAUGAUAUAUUAACCAGACACGAAUUUGUCUGGGACCAAAUUCCACAAGAGCUGAAAUACGACGAGCUUACUGAAUCUCAACACAUCCCCCCUCCGCAACGAUAUGUCGUGAUGACAACUUAUAUGGAUCAAAAGUAUAACUGCUUCUUGUUACACCGGAAGCUUGUGAAUGAGACUCAGUGGACGCGGGAACCUCUAUACCAGACCUCAAGGUCGCUGCUGAAUACAGUACUGCAGGUAGUAUCGCUCUCUGACCAGGGUUUCAACAUGCAGCGAGACAUAUCCUGGUCUAUUCUCUAUUAUGGGUUACCAGGCGCUAGUAUUCUGGCAGUCGAUUUAUUAAAAGAGUUAUAUCGUACAUCCAACACCUCCCACUCACAGAUUGACGUGAUUCCUCGCGCCGAGGUCAUACAAAAUCUCGCCGUCUUUAUCUCAAAUCUCCAAAGAAGCAUCAAUCGCCGAGAAGUCAACCAAAAACCUUGCAAAUGGGCACAUGCCGUCUUGUCCGGGAUCCUUGGCGAGAUAAUUGACCCCAAAAGCCGCGAACCAAUAACGAGAGAAACGGUCGAGAAUCAAAUUGCGGCCGACAUACCGUUCUCACCUACUUCUGGACUUGAUAGCGACUCUCUCAACCUUGAUGACAUCUUCGGUCAGAUUGGAAGCGGGUAUUUGACGCUAGAUGCUUCAGCCAUCAUGCUGUAA